AAACAGUCGGCUGUUUGAAAUUCUAUACACAACAGUCGAGAAAGCAACCGCUGCGGUAAAUUAUUCAGCUUUAUAAAGCGGGCCGGCCUACUAGUGAAUAUAUUUUCUUGUUUUGUCUUGUUAUUUAAAACUCUGAGAAUCUGUCUACACUGAAAAUGGCUCCGGGGAAAAAUCCAGCCGGUGGUGGCAGAAAAAAGGCUGCCAAUGGAUACCAAAUGCCUGCUCCGGUUCCGCUUGGCACAGUGUUAACGGAUAUGGCCAAACGACAGUGGAAAAUCGGACCUUCAAUUGGAAGCGGUGGUUUCGGAGAGAUUUACUGUGCAUGCGAAGCCAACUCCGGUGUGCGCAAAACAGAUGAUUAUCCAAAUGUCGUAAAAAUUGAACCCCACGGCAACGGGCCACUUUUUGUGGAAAUGCACUUUUAUAUGCGGAACGCAAAGCUUGAAGACAUCGUAAAGUUUAUGAAAAGUCGCGGUUUAAAACAUCUAGGUAUGCCGAAUUUUGUGGGAAACGGAUCACAUGACCUGCAAAAUAUGAAACAUAGGUUUCUAGUUAUGCCCCGCUAUAGCUCAGAUAUAUGGAGCAUUUUUCUGCGUAACGAAAAACGCUUUCCCCUGCAUACUGUUUACCGGAUUGGUUUGCAGAUGUUGGAUGUGCUGGAGUAUAUACAUAACUGUACGUAUGUUCAUGCUGACUUGAAGGGUGCUAACAUUUUGCUCGGAUUUGGAAAGGCAGCUAAACAGAAACUGUUUCUGGUAGAUUUUGGGCUUGCUAGUCAUUACACUACAAAAGAGUUCAAACCUGAUCCGAAGAAGAUGCACAAUGGGACCAUUGAGUAUACAUCGAGGGAUGCUCAUCAGGGUGUGCCCACGAUGCGAGGUGAUAUGGAGAUAUUGGCUUACAAUGUGGUGCAAUGGACCGGAACGUUGCUUCCAUGGGAAGCGGAGAAGCUAUUGGCAAAUCCAAGUAAGGUACAAGAGUCGAAGGAAAAGCACAUGAAUGAUGUGGGAGGUUUUAUGAAGUAUUGCUUCAAGAAGCAGCCUUGCAAACCAAUUCAUGAUUACGUUAAAUAUGUGGCUUCGUUGAAAUAUGACGAAAAACCGGACUAUCAAAAAUGUCGAAAGAUGUUCGAAACGGGUCUCAAAGAACUAGGGCAAUCAAUUUCCGGCGAUUUGGAGUUUGAAACGAAACCGACAUCUGUAGCGGGAAGCUCACGUAAGAAAGUAGUGGCAUCUGCAGAUUCUACGGAAUCUUCUGGUCCGAUGGCAAGACCACGAGGUCGUCCUGCUAAAGUUAUUCAAACUUCACCAGAUACUACUUCUCCCGAUCCGAUAAUAGAACCGACCAAACGGAAGACGGAAACACCAUCAAGACCGGCGCAGAAGAAGAAAAAAGUGGUGUUAGCCAAUUCUCCUGAUCCUCUUGAAAUGAGCAAUGGUCAUAGAACAUCAACGCCAUCAUCGGAGGUUGUAUCAACACAAUUGUCUUCUAUGCAACAGACGGGUUCGAUCAGACUGAAUACACCGGGCAAUAAGAGUGGCAGUACACCGAAAUCUAGCAUCAGUAAUAUUAAGAAAAUCUAUGCAUUCAAUUUCGAACUAGACGUCAGUAUCGAUGCAGAAGUAAUUGUCAAUGUUCGGCGCAAAAAGAAGGAAGCUGCAUCGAAGCCCAAAGAAACAUACACAACGCAAUCGCCUUUAUUUUCGGGACUACCAAGCACUCGUAAGACUCCGACUCCGUCUCCCCCGAAACGGCCACGGCGUCAGAAUGCUUCAUACAAUAAUCAAACCGACGCCACCGAAUCAAUCGGCGUUAUAUCGCUUGAUUCAACGGAAGAAAAUGUUUCCACCUACAAUCCGGACGAUGAAACGGUGCCGAAUAGUGAUCCCAAUACGCCAGAGCCACGCUACAAUACGUCCCGAUCUGUGCUGAGGCGUACUCCAAGGCUGCCGGGUUCCUCCGACCGUGAGGCGGCCCCGUUGCGUCGCAACAAUGCAGAAAUCAUUCGUGCCGGUGAGUACAAGGGAAAGAAAGCCAAGUCCUAAACCCACGAGACGAAUCUCUUUUGGAACCGCCGGACGCAUUGCUAAAGCUUGCAAGUUUUGUUUUCUUCGUUAACAUUUCAUCAUCAACCAUUUUCAUGAUCUUUUGUUCGAGAAUUGUAGUUAAAGUUCAUGUUAACACUCUUGUUGCAUACCAUUAAUAAAUCGAGUGUCGUGAUUGCCCGCUUCGGGACAACUCGAACUUUUAGAUAUACACAA